GACAUUCCACUGUUCAGGUCAAACGGCUCCUCUUGUGGAGCGGUCUGCAUUAUCUACAUUGAAAAUGUAGUGUGUAGUUAGCUUUACAACAAAAUGCCUGUUUGGAGAGGGAGAUUAGAUAGGCAACGUCUGCAUCGAGAUUCUGGCAGUUCACCAAUUCUUCAGUCUUAAAAUGAAAUUCACCAUAAACAUAAAUUGGGAUAAGGAAAAUAAACUUGCCAAAAUUCAAAUAUUUGUGAAUAUCUAAACUCCCCUGUGGUGCAUCAUUUUUAGUUUCUGUCGUGAGACAGAGUACUGACCUUUCCCCUGGCAUCUGGUCAAUCUCAGAAUCAGGAAAGGGGUCAUAGAUCAAAGGUCAACACUAUACACAAAUAGCGAUCUAUUAUUGUACAGCUCUUUGUAAAUCAGCUCCAAGUAACAGCAGCUAUUUCUACCCAGUUGGCUGAGUACCAGCUUGAAGCCCCAGAGUAACGUAGUCACUGGCUUUGCAGUCCUGCCUGCCUCCUGACAUUUAUUAAAGGUUGCUGGUAUACAUUUGUAACGACCCACACCGUUAAAUAGUCCAAUUCAUGAAGACCCAAUGUGUCACACACCGCAAACAGCUGCCAAAUCCCUUCUCCCUGGCACCUCUUUCCAUCCUCCCCUUCUCUCCACCAUCUUCAUCCCUCUCUCUUUCACACUGUCCAUCUUUCCUCGACACACACAACCCCUUAUCUCCUCUGUCCCUGAUUGCUGACUUCCAGUGAGUCGAUGUCAGUCCCACAGCGAGGGGCUGGGCGUUUGCUGGCGGAGAGAGAAGACGGUGUGUCCUUACGGGAUCUGAUGCUGACCAUUGCUUUAAACGAUGCUUCGAAGUGCUCGACACAUGUCACUCUGCUUUGUCACAUGGCGUGUGAGCCAAUGCUCCUCCUGCUUCCUCUCAGACAGAGGGGUGUCCGUGUCCUCUUGCUGUUGCUGCUGCUGCUGUCUGUCUGUCCAUCCAGCCGCCUGCCUGGAGCUCCGCACUGUCACUGUAUCCCCCUGCGGACCCUGUGAGCAAAGUGUCACCAUGACUGAUGUGAUGAUCAACAGCUGUAAAGCCUCUGCUGAAGAAAUGGGUCUCAAACAUGAUGACAACAGGCUACCCUUCCAGAUCUUCCCUGAUCCCUGUGAUUCUUACGAAGGUCAGUGCAAACUCAAGGACCGCCUGCCAUCCAUUGUGGUGGAGCCGACUGAUGUGAGUGAGGUGGAGAGCGGUGAGCUGCGCUGGCCCCCAGAGGAGUUUCUCAUGGCAGAGCAGGGGGGUGAGGGAGAGGGUCUGGUCCCUCAGGCUGGGGAGCUGGCCCAGAUUGAUACAGAACCAGUGUCACAGGAGAUGAAGACCCAGAAGAAUGUGGAGCCAGGACAGAGUCUGAGCUCCAACACCCAAUUGUUCAGCUCUACACUCAUCCAACCUGGUCAGACUUUUACAAAAUGAACUCAAUUGGUGGUCUACUUGGUCGAACUUUGAAGAGUUUUUAUACAGCACAGGCCUGUUCAUCUGUAACAGGCACCCACCCCCCCCCC